UGCCAUUUAUGCAAAGUAAAUAUUAGGCAAUUAUGGUAGAGUCUAGGUUUAAAACCACAGCUUUGAAGAUACAUUUUAGAAAUAGGAGGGUUGUAUGAUUUUGUGGCUAUAGAAGCUAUAGUGUCUGACGUAUAAAAAUUGCAUUGACAACGACCACCUCCUUCAUAGCGCAGUGCCCUCCUCUUCCGCGUGCAUCCCGGAGGAGUCCUCGCCUCGGUCGUUUGCGCUGCCUUUUAAAGGAAACGGGCUCACAUACACAGUCAUACUGUAUUUUGUCAAAGGACCGGACAAAGAGGAGUAUUGCUGUUGUUUUUUUAUCCUCCUAUCUCUUUCCCUUAACUCUAUUGAUAGAUAGCUGGUUAUCCCAGGUGCUGUUUAUUUCGUUUUACGGUCAGUCAGUUAGCCCAGUCAUGUACCGGUACUUCGGGGAGCUGUUAUCCCGCGGGGCGGGCAGUGUACUGGCCUCGGGGUGCGUGGACUCUGCUCUCCCAGCCUCCGCAGCUCUGAUGCGUGUCCGACAAUACAGCGAACAGCCAGACGACCCCAACUUCUUUCGUAUGGUGGAGGGUUUCUUCGACCGCGGAGCCGCCAUAGUUGAGGACAAGCUUGUGGAAGAUUUGAAGAGCAGGGAGACCCCCGAGCAGAAAGCAAAACGAGUAAAGGGGAUUCUCCGCAUUAUCAAGCCCUGCAACCACGUCCUCAGCGUGUCUUUCCCCAUCAAGAGAGACAACGGAGAGUGGGAGGUAGUGGAGGGCUACCGAGCCCAGCACAGCCAGCACAGGACCCCGUGCAAAGGGGGUAUCCGGUACAGUGAAGAGGUGUCUGUUGACGAAGUGAAGGCUCUGGCCUCUCUGAUGACAUACAAGUGUGCCGUUGUUGAUGUACCAUUCGGGGGGGCUAAAGCUGGUGUCAAGAUCAAUGUCAAGAAUUACUCUGACACAGAGCUGGAGAAGAUCACUAGGAGGUUUACCAUUGAGCUGGCCAAGAAAGGCUUCAUUGGACCAGGUAUUGAUGUGCCAGCUCCAGACAUGAGCACUGGAGAGAGAGAGAUGUCGUGGAUCGCUGACACAUACGCCAACACCAUUGCACACACUGACAUCAACGCUCAUGCGUGUGUAACGGGAAAGCCCAUCAGCCAGGGAGGUAUCCACGGUCGUAUCUCGGCCACCGGUCGCGGGGUGUUCCAUGGGAUCGAGAACUUCAUCAAUGAGGCGUCCUACAUGAGCAUGCUGGGCCUGACCCCCGGCUUCCAGGACAAGACCUUCAUCAUACAGGGCUUUGGCAACGUGGGUCUCCACUCCAUGCGGUACCUCCACAGAUACGGUGCCAAGUGUGUGGGUAUUGCUGAGUAUGACGGCAGCAUCUACAACCCAGCGGGCAUCGACCCCAAGCAACUGGAGGACUACAAACUGCAACACGGUUCCAUCGUAGGUUUCCCCGGUGCUCAGCCGUACGAGGGCAACCUCCUGGAGGCGCCCUGUCACAUCCUGAUCCCUGCCGCCAGUGAGAAGCAGCUCACACGCAACAAUGCCCACAGGAUUAAGGCCAAGAUCAUUGCAGAGGGAGCCAACGGACCCACCACCCCAGAUGCUGACAAGAUCUUCCUAGAGAACAACGUCAUGGUCAUCCCUGACAUGUACCUGAAUGCGGGUGGUGUGACUGUAUCAUACUUUGAGUGGCUCAAGAAUCUCAACCAUGUCAGCUAUGGAAGACUCACCUUCAAAUACGAGAGAGAUUCCAACUAUCACCUCCUCAUGUCGGUUCAGGAAAGUUUGGAGAGGAAGUUUGGAAAGCAGGGAGGACCCAUCCCGGUUGUCCCUACUGCUGACUUCCAGGCCAGAGUCGCUGGUGCUUCUGAGAAGGACAUUGUUCAUUCUGGGCUGGCCUACACCAUGGAGAGAUCUGCCAGGCAAAUCAUGCGUACUGCCAGUAAGUACAACCUAGGCCUGGACUUGCGGACGGCUGCGUACGUCAACGCCAUUGAGAAGGUGUUCAAGGUGUACAACGAGGCCGGCAUCACUGUGACUUAGUCGACUUCUCCCAGCUAGAGAGCGCACAUAUGGCCCCGCUGUUCAUUCCCCUCGAUUCCCAUCGCCCUAUCAGCCUUCAGAACAUAUCAGAUGUUUACAUUGAGAGACCACACCUCACCAACACAUGCGCUGACACAAACUGUGCUCAGGCCAUGUUUCCCACGAGCCGAUGGGUAACUUAGUAUGUCUGGUUCGGUUUCAGUAUUUCAGUUAGUCAGUUUUCUGUGUAUUGUGAAAAAGCGGGAGGGUGGUUUAGCGGAAAGCUUUCUACGCUGAGAGAUUAAAAAACACCUGCCGUUCCUAUCAGAGUUGCCGUCUGACAUUUUGUCUUGUUUGAGCCUGGUGUUGCCAUGGUUUUAAACGACAGCCCUGAAGAUGCCUUGGUUCUGUUGGAGCUCUGUACUGAAGAGAUUUACACACCCCCCAUAACUGUACUUUUAAAAAGACUUAUGCUUUAUUAAAAUUUUUUUUAAAUAGUUCUAAACUAAUAACUUUUUACCAGGGAAAGGUUAUUUUGGUUCUUCAGUUCCCUGUCCUUUGAGGGGUUAUUGGGUCAGGUUCUGUGCAGAGGAACGCUGGGUUCUACUUUGUUUGGUUCUUUGUAAAUUUCUGCACCCUUUUCCACCAGUCUCCAACGAGCUUCUUACCGUCCCUGUCUAUUGCUUCUUGUCUAAUGUGACUCUCCCCCACACCACCCACCCCAUCCUGUGGGAGAGGAGAAACUCUGUAUCCAGCAUUCUCUUUUUUCUUCUCCAAUUACCCGUCCGAGCCCUCACAUUCAAAUUGCUUUGAAAUUUGUAUUGCCUUUUUUUUUGGAAAACCAAUAAAAAUGAUGACAAACCCCA